AUGACAAUGACAUUGGAUCACCAACCACAACGAUACGGCGCCUUGCACUUUGACCACAUGUCUUCCUACCACACCCCAAGCUUCUCCAACCCGUGGGCCUCGGCCUCGUCGCCGCCCAACCCCAGCCAGGGCAUGUAUCAACAGCCACUCAGCGGUCUCGAUAUUCUUGCAAAGCAGCACCCAAGCAGGACAAGCGCACCGAGCAGCUCAAUGGCUUCGUUCGGCAGCAUCCCGGUGACUGCAGCAUCAGCAGGUAGCACUCUCAUGGCCGACGUCUAUGGACAACAAGACUUACUCAAUAUGCCACAAGAUCUUCUAAGCCUCAACCGCUUGCAAACAACAUCGGCCGCCUACGGCGAGCCCGCAUAUGCCACCACGAGCGCACCCUCAGUACACUCGACGUACGCCGCCUCGCCUCCAUCCUUUGACCACGGCGGUCUUCCUGGUUACGCUGCUGCACCAGUCCGGUCCACCUUUGCCUUGGCUCCGGAGGCCGACCACAGAAGGUAUUCCCAAUCAUCCGUUCCUUCAUCAGUAUCCUCGUCCGACUUUGGUACCGACGACGGCCUACACUCUUCCAGGAACUCGGUAGUUGACUUCAAUCAUAGAGGAAUCCCACAGGAUGAUCGCCGCAGUUUCGCAGAUGCUCUCGACGCCGGACACGGUAUGCUCGCCAUGAGCCAAGAGACUCCCAGGGCCAUCUACCCACCUGCCAACCGGGGACGGGGAUCCGCAGACUCGUAUGGCUUCCCUUCGGCACACUCGACCAGCUCUUCCAUCUCCUCGGCCAGCAACUAUGGUAGCGGCAGCUACUACGGAGGAUCCAUCGACUCGUCCGUUAGCGAUUACUCCACCGCGGGCUCCGACAUUGAAUCGGUCACCUCGAGGACCCUGCCCCGGCCGAACAACUUGAUGACCCAGCCGCCACCGGCGCCCCAGUCGAUGAUGGGCCAGUUCAGCUCAAAGGUGUCGUCGAGCACGCAAAAGAAGCACAAGUGCAAGGUUUGCGACAAGCGCUUCACCAGACCUAGCUCUUUGCAAACACACAUGUAUAGCCACACUGGUGAGAAGCCUUUCUCGUGCGAGGUCGAAGGCUGCGGAAGACAUUUCUCCGUUGUGUCCAACCUGCGAAGACAUAGAAAAGUUCACAAGAACGACGCCAAGUCGGAUGCUGGCUCCGAGGAUCACCACGACGAGUCGGACUAG